CUUACAAAUCCAUUCGCUAUUUCUUAAAUUCUCGGUAUUCUGCUUGUCUGGUUUAAGUGCAGGGUGAAUUCUUCUGACCAAAAGUAAAUAAUCAGAUAAAGUGAUUGAGUCAACGCAGAUGAGCAAUUGUCCCCCCAUAUUGUUGAGUUUAAGCUGCACAAUUCAUUUUAUUUUCUAUCUCAGUUUUGAUUCUUUCUGGUGAUUAAAGUUUGGGAAUUUGCUUUUGGGUUUCAUACUUUAGUGUGAAUUCUUUCUGGGUUCAUACUUAAGUUCAACGUGACUUCUUCUGUCCGAGAAAAUGUCAUCAAAUAAAGUGAUUUAGUCAAUGCAGAUGAGCAAUUUCCCUCCCGGAUCGCAGAGUUUGGGUUGCAUAGUUCUUUUGUAUUUUCUACUUCGGUUUUGAUUCUUUCCGGUGAUUACUUUUCGCGAAUGUACUGACUAGCCACUGGGGAGCUCCAUUGGUAGGGUCACGCGUUCAACUUCUCUGAUCAGUUAUCAGCUAUAAUCUUGAAGCUAAAGUUCCAGGACGUAGCCUGAAAAGUUCAAAAAGAUUAGGAAAUCCGUAGUUUAGGCAUGGCAAAUGAUUGUCCAAUAGAGCAGCCCCUGGUGGAGGAACUUACUUUUCCUGAAGCUCCAUUCAAGAGUUGCCAUGCAUCUACCAUUGUUGAGGUUGAGAAGGAUCAUUUCCUGGUUGCCUAUUUUGGGGGCACGUCAGAGGGGGCACCUGAUGUCAAAAUAUGGUUGCAGACUUACAAAAAUGGCAGAUGGUAUCCACCUGUAAUCGCAGAUGAACAACCAAAUGUUCCUAUGUGGAACCCUGUACUGUUCAAGCUCCCAUCAGACGAGAUACUGCUAUUCUACAAAAUAGGCCAAGAAGUUCAAAAAUGGAGUGGAUUUAUGAAAAGGUUGUAUGAUAAAGGCAUCACCUGGACAGAAAGAGAACAACUUCCUCCAGGCAUAUUAGGACCAAUAAAGAAUAAGCCCAUUUUGCUGGACAGUGGCCAUUUACUUUGUGGAUCAUCUGUUGAGAGCUGGAACUCCUGGGGUGCAUGGAUGGAGGUCACUACAGAUUUUGGUCGGUCAUGGACGAAGUAUGGCCCAAUUUACUUUGAAAACAAUCCCCUGAGUGUAAUCCAACCAGUACCUUAUCAGACUUCAAAUGGGGCAAUACGAGUUUUACUACGAUCCUUUGAUGGCAUUGGUAGAGUGUGUAUGUCAGAAUCUUCUGAUGGUGGCAAGACUUGGGGAUAUGCAAAACCCACUAAGCUCCCAAACCCGAAUUCAGGCAUUGACGGCGUUAAGCUGCGAGAUGGCCGUUUGUUGCUUGCUUACAAUACAGUUUCAAGGGGCGUAUUGAAGGUUGCCCUAUCUGAAGAUGAUGGUGAUUCUUGGCGUGAAGCUCUUACGUUGGAGAAUAACUUGGGAAUGGAGUUCUCUUAUCCUGCUGUUAUCCAGGCCAGUGAUGGACGUGUGCACAUCACGUAUACUUAUAACAGGACACAAAUUAAGCGUGUUGUUCUUGAGCUAAAGUGACGUGGGUUCGUGAAUUAAAUUACCUCGAACGGCAAACGAUGUUUCCGGUCAUUCUAAGUUAAUUAUAAUUAAGGACCUUAAAUUUUGAAAAUUUCAAGAAAAGAUCAAGGUCCUUUGUUGUAAUUGGAGUAUUUUGAGUGAAAUUUUUCAAUAAUGAUGUUUGAUUUUUUUUUUUUUUUGAGGACUUAUUUUUCGAUAUUUUCAUUACUAAUCGUUGAUAUUGUCAGUAGUUCAGUACUCAUUCGUUAAAGAAUAA